ACGCCACUCACUUCCUUGACAACAGCAGUCCUUGACGACCGCUAAUGAACACAAGCAACGUAAUGGCAGACGUAGUAUGUGGUCAAACGUCAAUAUGGGAACAAGUUUGCCGCGAGUUUGAAGCUGAGCAGCCCAAUCCUCCAUUUCAGAAGUUCAAGGCAUCGGUGGAUGAUGAUCAUCAGAGGGACACUGACCCUCUUGUUGGUGUUGCUGGCUGGAAAGCUCACCUUUCUUCUCAGAAGCACCCAAAGAUACUUGAAGCUUCACUGUCCCUACAUAUCGAUGAAUGCCCUGUCAAGCGGUUCUUGGAGAAGACGGUGUACCCAGUAUUGUUGCCUGGUCUAGCAGCUUUGCUGAGAGAAUCCCAGAAAUACGGCUGUUUUGAGAGAAAAAUAACCAAGUUUGUCCCCUGUGAUUUCCUAACUGAGUGGAUAUACAAUCAGAACCCCCGCAGGCAGGGACAGGAUCCAGUGAACUUUCUAGACAUUCCCUUUGUCAGGGACUGGCUCAGAAAGCACCCAAGGCCUCCCAUCCCUUUGUUUCUACAGCUCAGUGAAGAAGAGGCUGCUCUGCUUGUUCAGGCUUUCUGGAGAGGAUACAAGGUCAGAGCACGGCCCAAUGUGCAGGAAUUACGCCAAUGGCAAAGGGAGCUGAGGGAGAGUCAUGAUAUUGCCAAAACGGUUGCACGUUUCUGGGCCCGGCAAGAGACCCGAGAAUCUGAACUGGAGGGGAGAGAUGAAGAAGAGUGAAUUUGCUGUGCUGUGUGUUGUUUCAACUGAGAGCACUGACAUAUAAAUGAGCCAUGUUUGCCACUGUGACAGAAGCUGAGUGUGAGCAAAGAUUAUUUAGGGAAGCCUCCCCCUCUGUUUAUGGAAGCUCUUAAAGUUGAUCCAGGAACAGCUGAACUCACCUUAUUUGACCUGAGGAGCAAACAUGCAGCAUCUUUUCAGGCAUUUUCUGGUUUGAAAUCAGAAUUAGCCUCAGACAGAAGCUAAAAACAAUAAGAUCAAAGAGCAGACACAGACUCAUAUGUCAAAAAGUUGAAGGGUUGCAGCUCCAUGAACAGGUGCAGCUGUUGGCACUUCAUGUAUCACCAUAUGACUGUCGUUGGUGUGAUAUUUACCUUCAGAAAAAGCCCUGUUUGGUUCAGCAAAGAUUUGUUUGUACUUCAUAAAAUGAGUCCUGAAAGAAAAUGUUAUUAUUACACAAUAUUUCCAGAAAGUAAUUGUUAGUGUCCAUGUGGGAUUGUAAUAGAUUUUGUUUGCUAUUUUAUAUACCAUGUCUGCUACACUUAACAAAAUAUAAUUCAUAUUUACUUUAAAAUUAGCAGAUACAAUGUGUCAGUCACACCUUUAGAACAUUUCAAAUACGGGCAGAUUGCAACCAGAAAGCAACUUCAAAGCCCCACAUAUAAAUAAAUGAAUAACAGAUCUGUGCUUUAAUAGUACUUGGCUUUAACAGGCUCCAGGCGUGAGUUCCCCAAAUUCAAAAUCCAACAUGGCUGCUGUAAAUGUUGUGAAAACUAUUUGCUGAUUACCAGAUUUCUUUUGCCUCGGAUUUUGUAUCACUGUUAAAUGUUUGUGGUCAUUAAGUACAUUUUUAUCUCAUAUAAAAGUAGCCUAAAUAUACAAAAGCUGGUUUCUAAUGAUGGUUUUAUUAAUUGAAGGAAAAAAAAAAUCUAAAGGGUAGGGUUAUCAUCAUUCAGCUUUUUUUGAAAAGCUUAGCACAUUUUCACUAGACACAUCCAGGCCUAAUUCCUUUAGAAUCACGAAAUCACUAAAGAAGAACCAGUCUGACAACAUGAAGUAGUCUAAAGGAUCUUUAAAAGCAACACAAUUCAACAUAGAAUUUGAGUUAAGUAUAAAGGUAAUAUCAGAUGUUGAAGCUUUAAGAUGUUUUUUAAACUGUAUUAAAAUAUGCUCUACAUUAGCUAUAUUGUUUUUCAUCUAUAUUUUUGAAGUUUUUUUUUUUUUUUACUUUACAAACAGUAAGUUAGAAAUGUUUAUGAUCUUAAUGCCUUCUUAAAUAAUUUUUAUUGUUGUGGAAACCAACAAUUGUGCAAAUAACAUCUUCACACUCUAAUACCAGCAAAUGCUUUGUGUAAAAUAAACUUAUCAGCAGUCUUUUGUUUUUGUGUUGUUUAUUUAUUUAUUUUUUUUACCAAAUGAGGAGAUUUGUGUUUUCUUUGAAUGUGCCAAUAUAUUCCUUUAGAAAACUGGUGGUGCAAGCUGACAUAAUUAUCAAAGGCAAAGACAUUUGUUGCAUUAGUGCAUAUCUUUUUUUAU